UGUGGCUUUCUUAAAAUUUUCGUGAUUAUUUCGAUAGUAAUGUUUUUAAAAUGUUAUGCUCACAUUCGCUGAAAAUAGAUAUAUGCUAGCUUGAUUUCAAAUAAUUCAAGACCUGUUUGCUUUUAAACUGCUAGAAGACGAUGUUUAAUUUGCUGAGAAAGGCUGUCGUUGGGAGAACUCCAUCUCCUGAUUUUGAUAGAGAUAAUCUUGUUAGAGAUGAGCACACGAAGAAAUUAUUGAAAGAAGAACUGGCUGCUACAAUAAAACGACUACAAAGAACUCAUAUAAACAAAGAUCAUGUAAUUGACAGGAAUGAAGAAGAUGCAGUCUUUGUUUGCUCCAUUCUUGAAGGAAUGUUUUUGCAUGGAUACAAAGAUAAAACUACUGGGUUAAGAGGCGUUUUACACACCGCAUCUGGAGUGGAGGACAUUAAAACAAUUUCUUUUUGGGAUAUCAUAAAUGAAAUAACGCAUAAUGACGUCAUAUCAGAAAUCAACAAUUUAGUGGUGAGCUCAAGGGUCGGAAUGUGCAGGGCUUGGAUUCGACUUGCUUUAAACGAUGGUCUAAUUGAAAGCUAUCUAGAUGCUGUGAAUAGAAACAGAGAAAACAUGAGACUAUACUACAGUUCAAACGCAUUUCUUAUGGACACUGAAGCUCUGCCAAUAGCAAUCGAACUUUUGCAAGGGCUGAUGGAAUUCCAGUUUCAGCUUAAUUACAACUCCUCAAAGCUAGAUGAGUGGUCUGAGGACUCUCUAAGACUCGCGGGUAUUAUCGUGGGAAAACGCAGAGAUACUGUGGAAAGUAACUCAAGUGGCUCCAUGGAUAGGCCGUUCCAAGGUCUGCUGGAGAGUCGUUUGCAGUCAGGCUCAUUUACAUAUUCGGAGCAAUCCCCAAAUCGGAGCAGGUCCUCUUCAGAUGUAGACACCAAAAGCGAACCUGGCAGACCACCCUCAAACUCGAUUACCACUACGGAAUCACUAGAAUCUGCCACCUCCGGGGAUACAAACACUGGUAUAAGCACACUUUCCUCGUCCUCUUAUGAGCAAUCAAGUAGUAUUGUGCAGACCGUGGGUAACAGGCUGUCACUUGGUGAAGACACGUGGAGCGGUUGGUCAUCAACUUUUGAGUCAGAUCCAGGCGAAGCACCGGAGACGCCAAAGAAUGACAAUACCGACACUUUUAACUCACUGACUGAUGGCUUGUCCUCAACUGAUGCCAUGCCAGACCAGCCCAGUUUCAAUUCAUUGCUGCAGACAUAUGGUGCUCCAACACCGUUAAUGGCCCAGACCCCGUUGCUGUACGAGAAAAAGAUGGAUUUCUCGAUUUCUUCCCCUAUAGAUGUGAAGCAACCAUGUCCAUUAUCUCCUUCAGAAGAUUCUAAUAUCCAUGACAUGAAUUAUGAGGUUGUGCCUCCAAGCUCAUCACUCAAAUCUGAGCACAAUGACGAGAGAACACAAUGCCUUCUGGACCACGUUACUGUUAUUGGUUUAGAAAGAGGGCUUGACAAACAGAGUUUUCAAUGCGCUGGCUGUGGAAGACCAAUUGGGCUAAUUUAUGGACCAUACAGAGUCUGCUAUUACGAUGGCGGCUAUUAUUGUAUAGAAUGUCAUGGAGACGAAGAGCACAUUAUUCCUGCCAAAAUAAUACACAACUGGGAUUUCAAGUCUUACAAAGUAACCAAGGUUACUAAAUCAUUCUUGAUGAAGAUUGAAGAAGAGCCUUUGUUUCACAUCGAUGAAGUCAACCCCACGCUGUACAAUGCUGUUCCAAGCCUGAAUGAGGUCAAGAUUUUAAGAAUCCAGUUGCAGCAUUUGAAGGGUUUCAUCCUAACAUGCAAGAAUGAUGUAGCUGAAGAUUUUCGAAAACGAUUAUGGCCAAGAGAAUACUUGUGCGAUGAUAUUCAUCAAUACUCGGCAUUGGACUUGGUUCAAGUUCACACUGGGCAACUUACCAACCAUCUACGAAAAAUUAUAUCCUUUUUCACGAAGCAUGUGUACAAGUGCACGCUUUGUAGUCAAAAGGGAUUCAUAUGCGAGCUCUGCAGUAGUGACAAGAUCAUUUAUCCGUUUGAAGUUCUUACAACUGUUCAGUGUCAUCGCUGUCAGUCUGUUUAUCAUAAGAAGUGCAGAAAGGAUAGGAGCUGCUCAAAGUGCCUUCGUCUACAGUUCAGAAGAAAGAACCAGGAGGAGAACAUGGAAGUCUAGAAUUUAUGGCUGCAUGAUUUGCUGCGAUGAGUAUAAGAAAAAUUAACCUGCACCAUAUAAGUCAGUUCUAACACGUGUGCCACCCGAACAGGAUGUGUUUGUGUAAUUGCUACUGUUAAUUGCAAUGUUUUUUUCCCGUGCAAACCAUUUCAACCACACCUAGCAAAAGGAUGAUUACAGUUCUAAGAUUUUAGCUGACAACGCACUAAGGACUGAUUGUUCCUUUGUUUUCGGAGCGUCAGUGUUAAAUAACUUAAAGAUUAAUAAACUUAAAGAUUUCAAAUUUUGACGGUUGUCACAUCUUUGGAGGUAACUUUUGUUGAAUAUGUUGAAUCUAAUAAAAGUA